CUUCUAUGAGAUAAAGUGAGCAAAUUUGGUUUUCAAUUUCAUCACUGCAUCUUCUCUUUUCCUGUGGCUUCAUCUUCAGAAAAGGUAAGUCAAGUUAUUAAAUUGCUUGCCGCUUUUUGAGUGUCAAGAUCCAUGAACCCAGAUCUGUAAAGCCUUGAACUUGUUGCUGGGUUCUUUUGUUUUGUUCUUAACAAGUAGAUUUAGUUCAUUGCAAAGGUUUUUUUAGCAUUUAAAAGAUGUUGGGUCGUUCUGGGUUAUCUAGAACUGGAAGCUUUAGGCCAGAGAAUCUAGGACAAGAUGCUUUACAUAUGAUUGGCAAUCUUUGCUUCACUAUAUUUGUAAUUGGUGUCCUAGUUUUCACCAUUAUAGCUGCUACGUAUGAGCCGGAAGACCCACUUUUCCACCCUUCUACAAAGAUCACAACUUUCCUUACUUCCACAUCGAAUGCCACGUUCCAAUCCGAUAACACUGUUGUUCGAACCGGCGAGGAUUUUAUGGCCGCCAACCAGACUGCAUUUGCCACUUUUAUCAAUGUGACAGAUGUGGUAGAAGUCAAGGAGGCGAGAACCGAUGAAACUAGCUCAUCUGAUUGCCAGGGUGAUUUUAAAGAACCUCUUAAUUGUAGGGACCCCGAAGUGUUCCAUCUGAUGAUGAAAGAGGCAAUUGAGCGUUUUAAGGAUAUACAUUUCUAUCGGUUCGGGAAGCCAGCUCCGGGGCCUGAGGAGAAUACUUGUGAUAUGGCAUGGCGGUUUAGGCCUAAGGAAGGGAAGACGGCUGCCUUUUAUAAAGAUUAUAGGCGGUUUGUGAUUAAUAGAUCUGAGAAUUGUACACUUAGCGUGGUGAGCAUCGGGGAUUAUCAUUCAGGUGUGAAUGCAAGGAAGAAGAAGAAUAAGAAUCAAAAGCCCGGAUUUGAGAAGACAUCUGGUAGGCAGGAGCAAGCUGUUGUGGCUUUGCCUGUUGUUGGGGAAAUAGUGAAUGAUUCGCUUCCAGUGGUCGAGUCUGAAAAUGCAUUUAGCCGUGGGAAGUAUUUGAUUUAUGUGGGUGGUGGUGAUAGGUGCAAGAGCAUGAACCAUUAUCUCUGGAGUUUCUUAUGUGCAUUGGGCGAAGCACAAUAUUUGAAUAGAACUCUGGUUAUGGAUUUAACGCUUUGUUUAUCUUCAAUUUAUACUUCGUCAAACCUGGAUGAGGAAGGGAAGGAUUUUAGGUUUUACUUUGAUUUUGAGCAUUUGAAAGAGGCAGCAUCUGUGUUGGAUCAUGAGCAGUUUUGGCAAGAUUGGAGUAAAUGGCAAAAAAAAGAUGGCUUAAGUCUUCAUCUCGUUGAUGAUUUUAGGGUGACACCAAUGAAGCUUUCUGAGGUGAAGGAUUCUCUGAUUAUGAGAAAGUUUGGAUCUGUGGAGCCCGAUAAUUACUGGUACAGGGUUUGUGAAGGAGAGACAGAAUCUGUUGUUCAAAGGCCAUGGCAUCUUCUAUGGAAAUCAAGGAGGUUGAUGGAUAUAGUGUCGGCAAUUGCAUCAAGGUUGAAUUGGGAUUACGACUCUGUUCACAUCGUGAGAGGGGAGAAGGCCAGGAACAAGGACCUGUGGCCUAAUCUUGCACAAGAUACCUCACCUGAUGCCCUUAUCUCAACCUUGCAGAAUAAGAUUGAAGAUGGGAGGAACGUUUACAUCGCAACAAAUGAACCCGAUGCAUCCUUCUUUGAUCCUUUGAAAGACAAAUAUUCGACUCACUUUCUUGAUGAAUAUAAGGAUCUUUGGGAUGAGAACAGCGAGUGGUAUUCAGAAACAACAAAGCUUAACAAGGGAGUACCAGUUGAAUUUGAUGGUUACAUGAGGGUCUCUGUCGAUACAGAAGUUUUCUUGAGAGGGAAGAAGCAGAUUGAGACUUUCAAUGAACUGACCAACGAUUGCAAAGAUGGUAUUAACACUUGCAAUGCUGCAGCCAGUUAAACCCUGCACAUGUGGGUAUACUCA